GAAUAAGCAAAUUCAUUCUCAAAUGCCGAUAAAACUCCAUAGUAGAAAUUUAAUUUUUUUAUAUUAGAUUUUAUGUUACGAAUUUGAAAAUGACUGCAUAAAAUUACGUGAAAACCAGAAUUAUGAUCCGCAUCACAUUGGCGCGGAAUAAUAAUCUUGGCGACUUACUAUUCUUAGCGCUAAGUUUCUUGUGGCAACCCCCUCAGUUGUCAGUUGAACGUUCCGCCAUUGUGUGACAUAUUGUAGUUAGAGCGGUAGUGUGCUGGUGAGAGGAUCGUUAAAUUUAAGGUCUGCAGAUUGAGUUUAUCGAAAUGCCAUUUAUUUAUAAAUUUGCUGCAAAUCUGUCGACUUUGUUCGACGAAGAUGAUUUUUCUGAACGAUUCAGGCGAGCCAAGCAACUUGGGUUUCAAGCAGUAGAAGCUCAAAACUUAUAUCAUCUGAAUCUUGACGAUUUAAAAGCUGUGAAAAAGGAAACUGGCUUGGAAGUGGCUUUAAUCAACUCUCCUAAAAGUGGUACUGUUGAUUACUUUGAAGGCCAAGGCUUUGGGCUUGCCUGUAUUCCUGGACAAGAGGUUGAAUUCAACAAGUCUUUACUGAAAGCCAUUAAAUAUGCACAUUCACUGGAGUGUAAGAGGAUUCAUAUACUUGCUGGUCUCAAACAAGAUGGCAUUUGUGAGGAAGAUUUAUUUCGCACUUAUAAGCAAAAUAUGGAAGCUGCAGCUGACUGUUUAGAAGAGCAUAAUAUUGUGGGUUUAAUCGAGCCUAUAUGCCCUCAAGUGAAAGAAUUAUACUUUUUGGACAAUUUUGAUAAAGCCAUGAAUGCUAUUUCUGAAAUUGGUAGCAGCCAUUUGCAGUUAUUAUUGGAUGUGUAUCAUCUGCAGAUGUUGGAGGGUGAUGUCGAAAAGGGGAUCAAAAAGUAUCUGAAAUAUGCUGGGCAUGUACAAAUUUCCCAAGCUCCUGGACGAGAGGAGCCAUUUUACCCUGGAAAGAUAGAUUACGAAAAGAUACUAGAAAUGCUUGCUGAUAUGCAAUAUGAUGGUCAUAUCGGAUUGGAAUACAACCCAAGUGAUCCUGAAAAUGGUUUCAAAUGGCUGGAAAGUUAUCGAGCUGUCUAAAGUUUUCAGAAUUUUAAUUGAAGAAUAUUGUGGAAGAAAAAUAUUUUGCAAUUCUCUCUUUUUUUUUAUUGAAAUUUUUAUCUUAAUAUACAUGAAAACUGAAAUUUUUGGAAGCAUUUUCUAUACUUUUUCAUGUACACAAGUCAUUUUCUUUUGUCAGUUCCUCUUAAAUAAACAUUUGAUCAGUUUAUGAUUUUAA